AUGUGCUUCCCAGAAGCAGAGCAUUCUAUUCUCCACGAGGUCUACAACCCGCGCCAUCCGCCCCACUUGUCUGAAGUCGUUGCCGAGGCUUUCACCGAAUCCAGCUCCCCUGCGGACAUGAUUCUAGGUGCGCCCGAUACAGCUGGGCCCACUUCUCCUGGCCCACUUCCCUCCUCCGUCGACGAACAAACCCCUUCCAACUUUUCUCAAUCCGGAAUCGUCCAUCUACUUCCUGUCGGGGAGCGCUCUCGCUCCCCUGACAAUUCACGCCCGACCUCCCCUGCCCGGACAUUCAGUCCGAACUCCCGUUCUGGAUCAAGACCUUACUCUGCAAACAACAAGUGGUCGCCAUCUGCAUCUCAAGGACAGGAGUCAGGGCACUCUGAUGACCCAUCACGCUCAUCCUCCAAUGGCCCCUCGUCCUCCCACUCCGACAGCCAGGCCAGCGAUUCAUCCGCGUUACAUGAAGAAUACGUUGCCCCGCGUUACCAGCAUGUAGAGGAUGAGAACGGACAUCAUUUGAUCAUUGGGCGCGAGGGGCAGCUCAGUCGGUGUGAGGACGAGCCAAUCCGUGCGCCAGGAGCAGUCCAAGGAUUUGGAGUUCUGGUCGCCGUGGAGGAGGAUAUAGAGACUGGAAACCUUGUCGUCCGUCAGGUGUCCGAGAACUCCACGGAACUUCUUGGACUUUCGCCCUCAUAUCUCUUUGGGUUGGAGUGCCUCUCGCAAACCUUCCCUGAACAACAAGCGGAUGUUCUCUUUGACAACAUACAAUACUUGAGCGACGCGUCCUUGACUGCGGAGGAGCAGGCCGAGAAUCUCCAUGUCUUCAUGCUCAGUGGAUGGGGAGCUCCCGGGACGGCAUCUGCGUCCGACCCUGUCGCCAGCCGAGAUUCUCAGCUACGAAGGACAUGGACCUGCUGGUGUGCCGCUCAUAGGCCUCACUUAACAACUCCAAGUCGCGGGGGAGAGGUGAACGAUCCAGUUGACAUGAACGUGAUCAUUCUGGAGUUCGAACUGGAGCGCGACACGUACAACCCUCUUUACCCACCUCCGAUGUCCGCAUCCGACGCAGGCUCUGUUGGCUCCGGGAUAUCGUCGCCAUCGGCCUCCGUUUCCAACAGUUCAGGACGGACACUUGUAUCCCAGUCUUCGCAGGAUGGCGCCUCGGUCGCCACCCCCGACACUUUGAGCACGACCCUCAACGGCCACGCUGUCAGUGCGACUGGGGGCAGAACCAUGGCACAUUCGGAGUCAUCGGGUCACACCAUCUCAAGCCAAGCACACUUGGUGGCCGGCGAAGACUCGUGGAUACCCACGGCUGAAGACAUACUUGAAAGCACAACGAGCCGAGCUAGACCUCUCCUGGCGCUGGAACGUUUGCGACGAACAAAGCGCAUCGGAGAAGAGCUCCCGGCUUCGCAUGGAAGCGGACCGGGCAGUGGGCCAUCGAGAGGCGGCUUCCGUCGUCGCCGUGGGACUGGCGCGGUAGGCAUGAUGGACGUCUUCGCGGUCAUGGCGCAGAUCAACGAACAACUGGGCGCUGCACCCGACUUGGAGAGCUUCCUCAAGGUCACCACGGGUGUGAUGAAAGACCUCACACAGUUCCACCGCGUCCUGGUUUACCAGUUCGACGAGGCAUGGAACGGGCAGGUCGUCUCGGAGCUUGUGGAUUGGAACCAGACUCACGAUCUGUACCGCGGCCUACACUUUCCAGCUUCCGACAUUCCUGCACAGGCACGACAGCUGUACGCCCUGAACAAAGUGCGAUUGCUGUACGACCGCAGACAGCCCACUGCUCGGUUGGUCGUCCGUAGCAAAGAGGACCUGGAAACCCCGCUCGACAUGACGCACUGCUAUCUCCGCGCGAUGAGCCCGAUCCAUCUCAAAUACUUGGAGAACAUGGGUGUCCGAGCCUCGAUGUCGGUGUCGAUAAUCGCUUUUGGCAGCCUGUGGGGGCUCGUCGCGUGUCACUCGUACGGCCCGCACGGGAUGCGGGUGUCCUUCCCAGUCAGGCAGAUGCUCCGGCUGCUGAGCCAGUCGAUAUCCCGCAACAUCGAACGCUUGAGCUAUGCUCAACGGCUGCAUACAAGAAAGCUGAUCAACACGAUGCCAAGCGACCAGCACCCGAGUGGUUACAUCGUCUCCAAUGCGGACGACCUCCUCGGCCUAUUCGAUGCAGACUACGGCGUCCUUGUCAUUGGGGAAGGCGCGAAGAUCCUCGGACCUAAUCAGCACGGCCAGGAGAUCCUCAUCGUCGCCGAGUACCUCCGGUUGAAACAGUUCAGCAUUCGCCCGCUCACGAUCAAGGACCCCUACAGCACGCUGCAAGUCUCUCAGGCCGUCACCUGUGACUACCCGGACCUCAAGCUCACGACUGGCCUGGAGAUCAUCGCCGGGCUGCUCUAUGUGCCCCUUUCUGCAGGUGGACGCGACUUCAUCGCGUUUCUCCGGAAAGGCCAGCCCCGUCAGGUCAACUGGGCCGGCCGGCCAUACAAACAGAACCAGCAGAACGUGCUCGAGCCCCGCGCGUCGUUCAAGACAUGGUCCGAAACCGUCGCCGGACGGUGUCGCGCCUGGUCGGACGAACAUCUGGAGACUGCGGGCGUGCUCGCGCUCGUGUACGGGAAGUUCAUCGAGGUGUGGCGACAGAAGGAGAGUGCGUUGCAGACGACGAAGCUCACCACCAUCCUGCUGUCCAACGCCAGCCACGAAGUGCGCACGCCUCUGAACCAUAUCAUCAACUUGCUGUUCACCAUCAACGACCUCCUGGACUUGACUCGUUUAGAGAGCGGCAAUGAGACUUCGUUCAAUGAGCCUUUUAACCUGCACCAAGCGAUCGAGGAAGCGGUCAACAUCUACCGCAACGAGGCCAACAGACGAAGUCUCCAGUUCCAGCUAGACCUCGGGCAUUGUCCGAAGCAGGUCGUUGGAGACUGCCGCAAGAUCAGGACCGUGGUCGCGAAUCUCACUGCCAACGCUCUGAAGUACACUUCGAAGGGAGCAAUCUCCGUCAUGUGCCACUAUUUCGAGGAGCCAACAGGACUCCGACACUCAGGAGACAUCGCGGUGGAGAUCGUCGUCGCGGACACCGGCUGUGGCAUCCCAACGGAGAAGUUGGAGAGCAUUUUCCGGGAGUUUGAGCAGGUCGAGAGCGCACCAGCUCGACCACACUCACCUGGCUUAGGUCUCGGCCUGGCGGUUGUUGCUCGCAUUGUCGAGCAGCUCGGGGGCCAACUUCGCGUGGACUCCGUGAUCGGCAAGGGCAGCCGUUUCUCCUUCCUCCUCCCGCUCACCACCGACGGGUCGAGCAGCGGCCGCCUGACACUCUCGAACGGCUCGUCCACGUCCUCGCUCAUACGUUCGAACGCGGCCUCGCGUGACAACUCGCGCAACUCACGCACGUCCGAGAUCGACAGCCUCGUCGACGCGCUGUCGUCCAGCCACAUGGGCGAGCGGCCGAAGGGGAUGAUUGCGACGGGCACGUCGCCCACGCGCCUGCCCGAGUUGCCGUCACCGGGGAACCGGAUGGAGGCGGGGCGGGUGGAGAUCACCGGGUCCGCGAAUCCGCUGAAGCCGGUGAAGAUGGACGGGUUCGACCUCGAUCCGCUGCCGCCGCUGCCCCGCCCCGCCGCCGUCGCUCGUAGCGCCGCGCCAGGCGUCGCGGCCGAAGACGCCCCCAAGCUUAGGAUCCUGAUUGUUGAGGACAACGACAUCAAUCGCAUGAUUCUGGCGAAGCGAUUGUCUCUCGACGGGCACAACGUCGUGAACACCACGAACGGGCAGGAGGGUCUUGAGAUGGUCGAAACCGACCGCCACUUCGACUGCGUCCUCAUGGACAUUCAGAUGCCUCUGUUGAACGGCUAUGAGGCGACGGAACGUAUCCGCGCGCUCGAGGAGGGCAAGGACUGCCUCGAUCGCAUAUCGCACAAGCUCAACGGACGCAUCCCCAUCUUUGCCGUUUCCGCGUCUCUCUUCGAGACCCAGCGCGAAGAGCUUUACAAGCUCGGCAUGGAUGGCUGGAUAUUGAAGCCGAUCGACUUUAAAAGGCUCCGCACGAUCCUGCGCGGGAUCACGGACCCAAUCCAGCGCGAGAAGGACGUGUACCACACCGGCUCAAACUGGGAGGUCGGUGGGUGGCUGUCCGCGCCGGAUAAAGCACGGCGACUGCCCAUCGUCACCACGGCGUGA